UUACAUCAUUAUCUUUGGACUUCGUAUAACACUUAUUUUGCUUUGGGCCUGGCCGGAAUUUUUCGCAAUCAUCUCUGCGUCGUCACCUCUGCGGCAAGCGCCAUAUUAUUAAACUAGAAGAAUAUAAUAGAAUAGAAUUCAUUUGUGGUUAUGACGUCACAGAUGCUAACGCGUUAGCUUGGUAGGAUCCGACAUCCAAUCGAACCGGGGAGAUCAUUUGCAUGUUGCGGUUGCCUGUCUGAGCGAUAAAGGGACCCGUUUGUAUCUACUGCAAAUAGUGAUGGAUAACGUAAUAAUGAUUUUAAAUCUUGAUCAGCAUAUGCUAUGUGAGGAUAAUUCUGGCAAUAUUCAAAUAUCGGAAGAUCCAAGAAAUCCAGGGCUUGUAGUAUAUGAUAAACUAAACAAGUUUGUUUUUGUUGUCCCGGACAAUCAAGAAGUACGCCAAUUCUUGCCGCGUGUGCAUUUUAUACAUCAAUCUGCUGAUCAGUUGAUCAAAGAAUGUCCUAAAGUUGACAUUGCCACUCAAUUUCCAUCAACACCUGAAAUAUGGGUAAGAAACUCGGGUAAAUCUUCGGCCUAUGAUGUAGAGGCAACUGAAGCUCUUAUUAAGCUUGUCGGAAGUGAUCGCUUUAAAUCUCUGUUGAAAAACAAAAUAUGCAGAAAAAAAAAUGUUUGGUCACUAAUUGCCAAAGAAAUGAUAACUAUGGGUUAUAAUUUUGGUGAACGAGACCCAGGUACGGUUUGUUCUACCAAGUGGAGGAACAUGGAGGGAAAAAUUAUAACAUUCGUUCAGAGUGGAGGCACUAAAGCUGGGAAGCUGAAGCCUCUAUUUUAUGAUAGAAUACGAAACAUUAUGCAAGAUUUUCCUAGAGUUAAUUUUAUAGGCAGGACAGAUGUAUGUGUACAAACUGACGAGUCCAGUUUAUAAGCAUAUGUGUUGGUUAUGCAUUAGACAGAGAGAAAGAGAGAGAGAGAGAGAGAUGAUGGGCAAAGCGUAUACGCGAAAGAGUGUAUGUAUGACACUACUAGGGGAAGCAAGAACAUAAUUUUCUAAAAGACACGCGCUAAAAUAAAACGAGUAUCUUUUGAGAUAAUACACUGUUCAUUACUUUGGCCUUCCCUGAGGCGAUAAAACCUAACAAGACAUAAUGUCAGACCUGUCUAAUCAGACCUCAUUGUUAUCGGUAGCAAGUGAUCCUUUAAAAAACAGUGAAUGUCCUCAAGAAUUUAACUGUAGCAGCGCUAAGGAUUGUGAUGAGCCUUUAUCUGAUAAUGAUGCAAAAGAAUUUACCUCCAACCAGAAGCUUUAAGUGAGCCCUUUUUUAAAAGUGCAAAAUACUAUCAAGGCCAAGAAACGAAAAGUUGACAACAGUGUUCUAUUAAAUUUGAAAAAUUAGGAUUUAGAAGAGAGAAAAAUAGAAUAAAAAUCUUGU